AUGCUUCGUCUAUUCGAAGAAGGCAAACGUUCAUUGAAGAAACGUACAGAUACGCUUCCUAUUGAUCUUAUUCAACGAACAGUCAAAGAGACACUCAUUACUCAGAAUGAAUCAUCGACUACACUCGAACAGAUUGAACAGAAACUUGUUCAAACCAUCGAGCGGGAAAUACAAAAAGUUCAAUCGAAGAUGGGAACAACUAGAAAUGAUGAACCGAAUGAGAAAAGAGACAACGACGAAAAACUAAGUUGUUUUCUCGAUGCUCAGAAGCAAGUGUUGACUGAUGCACUCAACCGUCUGCAGCAACAGGCCAUGCCAUCAUCACUUGAUCUCAUUAAGCAAGUAGUCGCGGAAACACUCAAUAGACAACGAGAGCAACUCCAACCGAUAUCACGACAGGAUAUCGAACGGCUUGAACGUAAUCUGACUGAAACCAUCCAACGAGAACUAAAGCAGAGCACUGAAAUAGACGAUGACAUCGAUACUCCUGUCCAACCACAAGAUAUUCACAAACGAAAAACCGAAAAACGAAAUGGACCAAAAAAUGACAACGAAGAUACUCUGAAUCGUUUGUUCACAGAACAGAGACAAGCCUUACGAGAGACUCUUGCACAACAUCAGUCAACUGUUUCGCUCAAUCUUAUCAAACGGGCAUUGAUGGAAGUACUCAGCGAGCAAAGCGACGCAGAGACUACCAAAACCACUAACACUGUAAGUGCAUCCAGACAUCGAAAAAGGAUGACUACCACUACUAACCAUGAAGUACCAAUUUGUGCGGAUCCGAAACAAACGCGUAUUGGUGCUGCUUACAGAGAACAACGAGAUGCUGUGGUUGCUAAGAAACAUCUGCGCGAUGCGGUGAAACAAUGGUCUAAUGUGGCCACCAUGUCAGAAUUAGUAUCGAAAAUUAAAGCAUGCGGUAAGAAUGAUUUAGAAAAGGCUUGGCUACUUUUCUGUUGGAUCGGUCUAAAUAUUCGAUACGACUCCUACUGCCGAAAUAAUGCAGCUGAGAGUGUCUUUCAACAACGAACAGGUGUAUGCCGCGGUUUUGUUAGUCUUUACCAUGAAUGUUGCUCACUUCUCUCAAUCGAAUGUUUAGAAAUUUCUGGGUACACAAAACAAGCCUUUCUCAAACCUGGAGAAGAUCUCAAAAGUUCGCCACACGCUUGGAAUGCAAUUGUAAUCGAUCAAUAUACAUAUCUACUCGAUCCGACAUGGGGCGCUGGUGGUCUUGAUAAAACGAAUGAAUUAGAGGAUUUCUACUUUCUAACAUCGCCAGAAGAACUAAUCUAUACUCACUAUUGCAAUGGACACCAAUUGCUAAAUCCCGAACUAAGAAAAGAAGAAUUUCUUAGCUUACCCGUAAUGAAAUCGACCUAUUAUCGAUUAAAUUUAAACUUACUUUCACCUAAACAAGGUUUCAACGAAACCAGUGAGAAUUUAUUCAAAAUUGCCAUUAGAACACCGGAACACGUCGAUAUUUUCGCUGAUUUACACGUAGGUGAUGAGAAAUAUCCGCGUAAUUUACAUACAUUAUGCCAACGCGACGAGAAGCAAGCCGAUGUGCUGAAUUGCUAUAUAGCUCCACCAUCUGAUGGAUUGUAUGAAAUAUCCAUUUUUGCAAAAACCAAGGGCGAAACCACUUUUCGAGAUACCAUUCAUAUGCGACUGCACGUUUCAAACUUUGCUGAAGCGAUUACUUUUCCUCUCACUUAUCAACCAUUCACUGAGCACCAAUGUAUCUUGAUUGAACCACGUCGUCGUCUCGUGCACCAGGAUGAAAGUGUCUUGAUUCAUAUGAAAAUACCCGGUGCAAAUGUAAUAAAAAUUCGUAAUGGAGAUGAUUAUAUAGUGCCUACCAAAGAUGAAUACAAGAAUGGAGUUCUCAAGAAAGAGACAAUAGUGCAAGGUGAUAUUUCAGUUUGUGGUCGAUGGGACGAUAAAGCUGACUCGAUUUCAACUAUUUGUGUUUUCAAUAUGAUUUGA